AUGGACCCUUACGACAAACCAAGCCACCUCCACGCCGACCACAUCGCACCGCGCCACCGCGGCCCCGAAUCCUCCUCCUCGCAUCCCGGCUCGGACGAAGUGACGGUCACGCACCACGAGCACGAGCCGGACUACGAGCUCGACGACAUCCACGCCCACAUCGACGAACCCGUCAGAAAGAGAACGGCCAACAUGCCCAACGCAUCGUCGACGCCAGGCACAGCACCCACCAUCUCCGGACCCCAGCAGCAGCCUAGUAUGGACCCGGAUCCGCGGUCACCGCAUCCCUUCCACGCCGAACACGGCCCGCCCAUCGACAACGUGCUCAAGUACGACGAUGCCGAGGAGGACUACCAGCACAUCAAGAGCCUGUGGUGGUCGCGCGUGCGCCACGAACUGCGCGACCCGUUCGCCGAGUUUCUCGGCUCCUUCAUCAUGAUCUUGUUCGGCGACGGGAGUGCUGCCCAGGUGACCUUGUCCGCCUCGACUAAUCUGCCGGCCAGUAGUCGGAACAAGGGCGAUUGGCAGUCGAUUGCUUGGGGAUGGGGCGUCGGCGUCAUGCUUGGCGUCUACGUUGCCGGCUGUUCGGGCGGCCACCUCAAUCCAACCGUCACCUUCUGCAACUGUCUGUACCGCAAGUUCCCAUGGUACAAGUUUCCCCUGUACUUUGUGGCCCAGACCCUCGGCUGUCUCUGCGCCGCUGCCGUCAUCUACGGCAACUACAAAUCCGCCAUCGACGUGUACGAGGGCGGCUCCGGCAUCCGCACUGUGCCGGGCUACUCGGACACAGCCACCGCCGGCAUCUUCUGCACCUAUCCGCAACCCUUCCUGACCAAGACGGGCCAAGCGUUUUCCGAAAUCAUCGCCAGCGCCGUGCUGGUCUUGGUCAUCUUCGCGCUCAAGGACGACACCAACCUAGGAGCUGGAAAUCUGGUGCCGCUUUGCCUGUGCUUUUUGAUCUACGGCAUUGGCGCCACUCUCGGCUGGGAGACCGCAUACGCCAUCAACAUGGCUCGAGACUUUGGGCCCAGACUGUUCACCUACAUGGUUGGCUAUGGCCCCCAUGUCUGGACUGCUGGUGACUAUUAUUUCUGGGUCCCCAUGGUAUGCCCAUUUGUUGGCGGCACCUUUGGUGCGUUUUUGUAUGACACCUUGAUCUAUACGGGCGAGUCACCUAUCAAUACUCCUUGGAUGGGCGUCAAACGCGUUGUUCGCCCCUCGCGGAAGCGCUUCGUGGACGCCAUCACCGGUCGUACAGAUAGACAGGUUUGA